GCAUUUGGUACCUUGGUAGCAUCCGAAACAGAAUCUGCCAUAACGACAGAAAUGGCCAGUCAAUCCCAGGGUAUCCAGCAGCUCCUGCAAGCGGAAAAACGAGCGGCUGAGAAGGUGGCAGAUGCCAGAAAGAGAAAGGCCCGGCGUCUGAAGCAGGCAAAGGAGGAGGCACAGAUGGAAGUGGAACAAUACCGCCGAGAACGAGAACUGGAAUUCCAGAGCAAACAGCAGGCGGCCAUGGGCUCCCAGGGGAACCUGUCCGCAGAAGUGGAGCAGGCUACAAAGCACCAAGUGCAGGGCAUGCAGAGUUCCCAGCAGAAAAACCGAGGACGCGUCCUGGCCCAGCUACUUGGUAUGGUCUGCGAUGUCAGGCCCCAGGUCCACCCCAAUUACCGGAUUGCUGCCUAGGACAAACCCUAGGGUCUGACUCCUUCUCAAAAAAAUCCCCAAAUCAGAAUCACCUCCCACCCUAAUUCUACUCUCCUUUCCAUUCCCUAGAAAUUCUAGGAGGCAGUACACAGUAAUUCACCUGUGAAAUACAGGUAUUCCGCUCAGACCUGAAUCCUGUUGUUCUUUAACCUUCCCUGGGACCUUGAACACUCUCAAGUCACCUUCACGCAACCCCUCUGUAAAAUUUGUAGCAUGGAGAAGCAGGGAUGUAGAAAACAUCCUAACUCAAGAGCCUGGCAGGCUUGGGUCCCUCUCCUGACCCUGCUACUUGUUAGCUGCGCAACCAGGACAAGCUACUUAACCUGUAGCCUCAGUGUCCUCCUCUGCGACACUGGAAUAAUAAUGCUUACCUUUCAGGGUUGCUGCAGUGACUAGGAAUCAUCCUAUAAAGAGCCUGGCAUGUUUUCUGGAAUGUGGUAGCUUUGAUUCAAUUAAUGGCAACCUCGUGAUGUUAUUAUCAUCCCGUGUCCACUUGCGCAAACCUAAACACAGCUGUUUCCUCACUUCUGUCUGUGGCUCUCUAAUGCUACUCAUUCAUUCUGGACCCUAGUAAUUCUCUGAAGAAUUGUUUCUUCCCACCUCUCUUUCCCCAGUGAUCUUAUGAUUCCUGAAAAGAUAAAAUGAUUUCUUUUAUCCCCAUUUAGUUCCAGAAAGAUGCAUUUCUUAGCCCUUCUUUUGUCUAUCAUAAGUUGGUCUCUUUAUUGGAUUUCUCCUAUUUUUUAUUCCCACAAAGACCCAUCAGAUGGUCGCUGCUUCCUGAGAUCUGAAGUGAUGUUGUGUUCCUGUGUAUGCAUGGACUUCCUUUGUGAAUAAAAUCUCAAUAAAAU